AUGUCCAACGGGGCCGUUGGAUUAGAUGGACUGGUGACAGCUGAAAAAGAUGAGCUGCUGGAGCGGAUGGCGUAUUUGGAGAAGCAGACCACUGACUUGGCAGAAGAGCUUAUCUGUCUAAAGAGCGCUCUGGCGGACUGCCUACGUCGAGUGCAGCUUCUCGAGUCGUCGCGGGGUACGCAUUCGCCCACAUCAAGUCGUGUUGUCCCUCGUACUGCCAGCGAGUCCAGGGCGAGUCGAACACCGACCGCCACAAUGGUGGGCCGUCAGAGUCGUCAUAUGCCGCGGAUGCCUUCCACCAGCGCUGCCAGCAGCGCCCGUCGGCCACCUUCACAAGCCUCUACACGUCCCGCCAACCUCGUGUCACCCUCUGGUAAUGCCCCGUCCACUCUGCCCAGUUUUAAGACCUCAGGAUCUACGGGGUCUGUUGUUCGCCCACCCACUGGUGUCUCGAAAAGCGGUGCUUCCUUUGGCUGUGUGGAUUUUGAAGAUCCUUAUGAGCCGAGUUCAUGGAGCACGAUCUACGGGCUUCCAACUGCCCCUCGAAUGAUUAGUCAACGAACUCUUCUUCGUCGACCCACUUCUACCCGCUACUCGGCCGCCUUACAUCGCAUUCGUCGCAACUCCAUGCCGCUAAAUUCAGUUACAGCUUCUUCGAUUUGGUCCUCGCAAGUCGACACCGGGUGCUAUUGUGGUGCAGUGUGCUAG